AUGCGGCCUCACCUCAAGACCUUCGUGAUCGCAAGCCUGGCCAUUUUGUUCUUCGCGCUGCUGGCAUCACAAUCAUGGAUCGCCAUCUCGCAAUAUCUGGAACGCCAACGACAGGACGUGCUGCUGCGCGAGAGCCUUGCGAAGCAAAAUAAUCAACUCCAAGCAUCUCUACAGCAAGCACAAGAUGAAGCUGAUUCCAUGGCCAAGGCUGCCGCUGCUGUGACAGAAUCAGAGAGGAGCAAAUUUGCCUACACCUUCUACGCCACUACCGACAAAUAUGCAUGCGGAGUGCUUGUCAACUUACGCCGCCUCGAAGAAUUGAAGGCUCGCUAUCCCCUACACGUUCUCAUUUCACCCAACAUCACAGAACCGUACGUGACCGCACUAGAAGCCGCAGGUGCUCGUACACACGUCGAGACUCCUCCACCUCUUCCUGGCGAAGGGGUCGGCUACUACGCGGAUUGUCUGUUGAAGCUCCUGGCCUUCAAGCUUCAUCGUAUCAACCCGGGCUUGGAGCGUGUGCUUGCAUUCGACUCUGACCAGCUCAUCAUGCAGAACCUAGACCAACUCUUCACCGGCCUUCCGAUUGGCAGUAUUAGCGCCCCACGAGCUUACUGGAUUGCCAAGGACUUCCUCGCGAGCACCUUCAUGAUGAUCGACCUGUCCGAUCGAUUGUGGAAUGCAGUCAGCACAGCCGUCGCUGAAGCUGGCAUGGACGAAUUCGACAUGGACAUCAUCAACAAAUUGCUAGGCGGUGAAGUAACCAUGUUGAGCGGCUCGUAUAUCACGCUCAACAGUCAUUGGGAAGACUGGAACUUGCCAUCGUGGUAUCACUCGGACUCUGCGCAGCGGCUCAACUGGACGAUGAUCAACAAGGUGAAUGAAUUGUCCAAAGCCAUUGCAGUUGCAGAAGACAUGCGUCGAGACGCACCACACUCGAUCGUCAUACCACGCCCCCGCCUCGAACAGGCAUCGCCAGAGCCUCAACCACAGAUCGAACCCAACGUGGCUCACUCCUCCGACACGACCACUGACGGCAGCUUCGUCGAUCAGCACAUUCCGUCUGGACCACGCUUCCCCGAACAUCAUCCUCUCUGGCAAGAGCUGUAUUUGCUACAGUCAGCGGCGGCCGUUAUCCACUUCUCAGCUGUUGGAAAGCCAUGGGACGUCACUGGAGAAUCCUUGCGCUCGCGAAAGCCUGAUGCACACCCUCUACUAGGCGAGCAAUUCCUGACGUGGAGACGGACUGCAGGCAGCGUCUGUCCAGGCUAUGGCAGUCUUGAUCCCUUUGAGUACUGA